UGAGGCUUCCCCAAUGAUGCCUUUGUCAUGAGUCAGAGAAGGCCAAGGCCAGAAUUUUUUGGAGUCGCGAAGUUCGCCUCCGACUUCCGUUUAGCCGGCGAUGGAUUCGUGUGGUAACAAUACCGCGGUCAUCCGAAUCCAGCACAAGUGAUCUGCCAACGUUUAGGAUCUAAUCUUGGUAGUAGCCAGGCAAGCUUGGCAGAGCGGGUGAGGAGAGCCGAGCUGGCGGAAAUCAAGCCCUGGCCUCAAAUACCGCAACGCUGUCUCGCUUUGCAAGUUCUUUCACUAUUGACCUUGUACUACCCUCGGUUGCUCCUCUAAUCAUGUCUGAAAUCAAGGCUCUGCGGUCCAUCCUCAACAAUGCGCUGGACAUUCUGGAGGAUGAGCUUGACGCUGCUGGUCUGCCGCCGCUCUGGGUCGCCAAGCCUCAGAUGCACCCUCUAGACAAGCCCGACUAUCUUCAGGCUCCUAGGCUCUUUGAAGCUAGGCGUGUUAUUCUUGGUGCUUGCCGCAUGAUCGCCGCGGCGGUCCAGCCACCUACGGAGAAGAUUAUCGAAGAGGGAUGGGCACACCAGCGUUCUCAGGCACUUAAGAUGGCGACCCAGUACAAUGUCGCUGGUGUCCUUGCAGAGCCUUCAGCUGAUUCUGAAGAAUGCAUUGACUCUGCAGUGCUCGCCAAGCGAUUUGGGCUGAGUCCAGACCCGUUCAAACGCGAAAUGCGCAUGCUCGCUUCGCAUCACUUUUUCAGGGAGGUGUCCGAGGGCCGCUUUGCCAAUAAUCGAGUUUCGAUGUCCUUGAUCUCUCCUUACGCCGCUCCUUACGCUAUCCGCUACGUGGCAGACUGGGGUCUGACUGUGGCACACCGAGUGGUCGAUUCUCUACGCGUGGAGCAGUCUAAGACUGCCGCCCAGCUGGCGUUCGGGUUCGACACGGACCAGUUUGCUUUCUUGGAGAAGAACCCGAAAUGGCUUGAUGUGUUCACCAGCGCUAUGACGGGUUGCUACGAGAUCGCGGCUGUGGGCAUCGUCACCGACUAUCCCUGGAAGGAUCUUCCGAAGGGCACAACUGUUGUAGAUAUCGGCGGUGGUGAGGGUGGUCUCGUGAUGUCGAUUGCCAAGGCACACCCGCAUCUGCAGUUUGUCGACCAGGAUCGCCCCGAAGUCGAAGAGGCCGCGCACAGGAUGUGGAAGACAAAGGUGCCCGAAAUCUACAACGAGCAACGUGUCAAAUUCCAGAGCCACAACUUCUUCACUCCUCAACCCUUGAAGGGCGAGGGAUACGUGUAUGUCAUGCGCUGCAUCAUUCACGACUGGCCGCAUGAGGAGUGCGUUGCUAUUCUCAACGCUCUCAAGAACGCGAUGCUUCCUUCCUCCCGCCUGCUCAUUAUCGAGCACGUGAUCUACCCACCGCUUAUGCCCAAGGAGAAGACGCCUCUCGUGCUCGGUUUCAUGGACAACAGCAAGCCAUAUACCGAGCUAGCCACGCCCUGGCCCUUGCCUAACGGUCCUCAGGUCAUCGAGCUCACGCACGAUAUUGAGAUGUUCUGCAAUUUCAAGGCCAAGGAGCGUACGCCCGCAGAGUGGGACUCCCUACUCGCAGAAGUCGGGAUGAAAGUAGUCAAGAUCUGGCCGACGCGCUCCGAGUUCUCGGUCGUGGAGAUCAGCCUCGCCUGAGCUCGAAAGAGCGAAACGGAAGGAAGGAGAUGGACGAGAAUGAUAAGUUAAGAGGAGCAACAGUUCAACCUGAUCUCGAUAGAUCGGGCAGACUCUCUCAACCGGGUCCCUACAGGUAGUCAAUGUACAGUAAUUACUUCCCCUUCCAAGUGCCC